GCCACCGCGGCCCGCCCGUCCCGACCCCUGAGCCCCUCGGUCCUCUGUCUCGCGGCUGCUGGCGGCAUGAUCCGACGGGCCGGGGCGCCCGUGCGCGGGGACCCCACGGGUCCCAUUUCAGAUGUUGGCAAAGAAGAGGGCAAGGAAGAGAAGGAGGAAGAUGGUGUGGGGCUCUGUCUGCCAGCCACCCCGAAGAAUUGCCUUCCCCGCCGGGGCAUCAGUGUCUUGGAGAAGCUCAUCCGAACGUGCCCCGUGUGGCUGCAGCUGGGUCUGGGUCGGGCCGAGGUGGCAGGGAUCCUGCAGCAGGAGGCGGCCGGGACAUUUCUGGUCCGCAAGGAUGGCAGCUUGAAGCAUCUGGUUCUCUGUGUCCACGUUCCUUCCCGGAAUGAGGGCUCAUCUGAGGUGCUUGAAUACACCAUUAGAGAAGAGAGAUCGAUCUUGUACCUGGAAGGCUCGGUUCUUGUGUUUGAGGACAUCUUCAAACUGAUAGCGUUCUACUGUGUCAGUAGAGACUUACUGCCCUUCACGCUGAGGCUACCCCAGGCCAUCCUCGAGGCUCGUAGCUUCACAGACCUGGAGACCAUCUCUAACCUGGGUCUGGGCUUCUGGAACUCUGCGCUGAACCCCCGGCGAGCAGCAGGAAGCCCAUCGGAGCCCCCCAGAGACCUGGCCCCCAGGGGGGUGCCCCCAGCCUCCAGCCUCAGGCCUACAGCCCAUUACUCAAACUGUUCCUGCGAAAUUGAGCUGGCGGUGGGAAAUGACUGCCUGUGGUUUGUGAACCCUGUCUUCAUCGAGGAUUGCAGUGGAGCCCAGUCCACUGACCCGCCAUCCCUGGGAAGCUGCCCUGUGCGCCUCUUGCCCCUCACCUCCAACGCUACCUCACCUACCUCCCGGUGGGCCCCACGCCGCCCCCCACCCCCACCCCCAGUCCCCCCCGCCAAUCCCCCACUCCGGCCUCCUCCUCUCUCCCCUCCUCCGCCCCCAACUCCUGCUCUUCCUUGCCCUUCGCCCCGUUCUGACCCCGUGGCUGCUGCUCCCCACUCCCCAGAGCCCCUUGUUCUCACACCCCCAGUUUCUGCCACCCACCUCGCACCCCAUGCCCCAGGCCCCCCAGACCUUCCAAGCCAUACACCCAUGACAGCCUGCGAGAGGCUCCCACACCCCUCCCCAGGCCUGGGCCCCCUCCGGGAGGAAGAGAUGAAACCGGGAGCCGCCCCCAGCCCCUUGCAGCAGGCCUCUGCCCCACCACUGCUCUCGAAGAAGAGACUCCCUGCUGCACCCCCCAGACGUCACCUCUCUGAGAGGGCCUCCCUUGAGGAACUCAGCUCGGGGAAGGCAGACAGGGGGAUGGCAGCAGAGGGGGAUCAGUUGGGCACUUCCAGGGCAACCUCGCUCAGCCUGCCUCUCCAGGGGACCUCAGACAGUCCUGGGGACAGGCCUCUGAGGACCACGGAGCAAGACCAGGAAGCGGAGGCCAAAGCCAGUGGCCCGGGCAGCGUACAGGAGCCUCCAAAGAAGACCAAGCAGCCCCCAGUGCCACCCCCCAGGAAGAAGCGCAUCUCCCGGCAGCUGGCCUCGGCCCUCCUAAGUCCCUUUGAAUGCCCUGAGCGCUCCAUGGAGGAGGUAGCCCCUGAGAAGCCCCCAUCUGGGCCACCCAAGGAAGGCCCAAGCCCUGCCCCCCAAGUUGGGACUCUGAGCCUCCAUGCCCAGGCCGGGGCCCAUCCCCAGAGCUCCGCAGAGUUCACAGGCUCCCUGGCCUCCCUCUCGGAAAGCCUGGGCGUGCCUACCUUGGCCACAGACCAGGACUCCUACUCAACCAGCAGCACAGAGGAGGAACUGGAGCAGUUCUGCAGCCCCAGCGGGAAGAAGAAGCCCUCGAUGAUCCUGGGCAAGGCCCGGCACCGGCUGAGCUUGGCGAGCUUCACCAAUGUCUUCCACGCCUUCCUCUCCAACAACCGAAAGCUGUACAAGAAGGUGGUGGAGCUGGCACAGGACAAGGCCUCGUACUUCGGCAGCCUGGUGCAGGACUACAAGGUGUACAGCCUAGAGAUGAUGGCGCACCAGGCCUCCAGCACCGAGAUGCUACAGGAGAUCCGCACCAUGAUGACCCAGCUCAAGAGCUACCUGCUGCAGAGCAUCGAGCUCAAGGCCCUAGUGGACCCCACCCUGCACUUGGAGGAGGAGCUCGAAGCGAUUGUGGAGUCUGCCUUGUACAAAUGUGUCCUCAAGCCACUGAAAGAAGCCAUCAACUCCUGCCUGCACGAGAUCCACAGCAAGGACGGCUCACUGCAGCAGCUCAAGGAGAACCAGCUGGUGGUCCUGGCCACCACCACCACCGACCUGGGCGUGACCACCAGCGUGCCGGAGGUGCCCAUGAUGGAGAAGAUCCUGCAGAAGUUCUCCAGCAUGCACAAGGCCUACUCGCCUGAGAAGAAGAUCGCCAUCCUGCUCAAGACCUGCAAACUCAUCUACGACUCCAUGGCCCUUGGCAACCCAGGCAAGCCCUAUGGGGCCGAUGACUUCCUGCCUGUGCUCAUGUACGUGUUGGCCCGCAGCAACCUCACUGAGAUGCUCCUGGAUGUGGAGUACAUGAUGGAGCUCAUGGACCCCGCCCUGCAGCUGGGGGAGGGUUCCUACUAUUUGACCACCACCUACGGGGCCCUGGAGCACAUCAAAAACUACGACAAGAUCACAGUGACCCGGCAGCUGAGCGUGGAGGUGCAGGACUCCAUCCACCGCUGGGAGCGUCGGCGCACUCUCAACAAAGCUCGUGCCUCCCGCUCCUCCGUGCAGGACUUCAUCUGUGUGUCGUACCUGGAACCCGAGCAGCAGUCACGGACGCUGGCGUCACGGGCGGACACGCCGGCACAGGCACUGUGUGAACAGUGCGCUGAGAAGUUUGAGGUGGCGCAGCCUCAGGACCACCGGCUCUUCGUGCUGGUAGAUGGCCGCUGCUUCCAGCUGGCAGACGAGGCACUGCCACACCGCAUCAAGGGCUAUUUGCUUCGAAGCGAGCCCAAGCGCGACUUCCACUUUGUGUACCGGCCCCUGGAUGGUGGCGGGGGCAGUGGGAGCCCACCUUGCCUUGUCGUUCGGGAGCCCAACUUCCUGUGAGGCCCCCACCCAAUGAUAAUAGUUACAGAGACUGGCCCUGGGGCAGAGGAAUGGGCAAGCCGGGCUCACACUCGCUCAUCCCCACUAACCCUCAGCCACACCCACUCAUACAUGCACACACCCCCACAUCUGAGCACACACACUGGGGCACAACUGGACACACAGACACACACUCCCAGCAUGGAUGCUCACACACACACACACACACACACACACAACCCACUGAGCGUGCCUAGGCCAACCUCCCAGGACGAUUGUGAAUAAAAUGGGGCAGCUGUCAAAGGCACUUCCUGAGGGAGAGGCAUGGUACCAGGAGGCCACUGAGGCCAAUUUCUUCACUAGCCAGAAAGGGAAACUGAGGCCCAGAGAGGGAAGGGACUCUUCAACCAGUGCAGCAAACAAAGCCCACGCCACCCCUGUUCACAGAUCCCUCUGUCUUCCCCACACCCAGCCCUAUCUUCAGUCACCCCCAGGGAAGGGCUCAACCUGGUUUCCCAAGGACUGACCAGGGAAGGGUGGCCUGGCCACAGCUGUGCCCACAUCUGCCGGGAAGGAGCUGGGAUGUAUUAGACCACUUGGGCAUCUCUCAGGGAGAGUGUUGGGGAGACAGCACCCCUACAUGGACCCUGCUCUCUGCUACCAGUGCCUAGUCCUCCCACAGCCCUAAGACCCAGAACAGCCAGCACACAUCAGGGCCUCAAGUGAGGCCAGGUCCCGGAAGGCAUGGGCCACUGGGAACACUGACAGGGCCCUUUCUCAGAGGCUUAGGAGGGUAAGAAGUACCCAGGGGCGACCUCUAAGUUUGCACCUGCACCCAUCUCCACCCCCACACCUCAUCGAAUGUGGGUGGGGGUGGGGGGUGGGGGGAUUUGCCCCUUGGACUUGCACCCAGGGGCAAAUCCCCCCCACCCCCUCGCUAUGCCUCUGCCCUUCCCCUGGAGACAUGCCUGGGGCUACAGACACUGUGGCAGGAGGCGCUAUGGGGAGAGUUUAAUAAAAGCCCUUUUGAAAACGGCCUCUCCUUUUGUGAAUGGCCUGGGGAGCUCAUUCCCAGGUGGGAUUCCAAAGGCCCCCUCCUGCCACCAAGGGCCUUGUCCUCUGAAAGAACCUCCACUGUCCUGGGGGCUACGCUCAGCCACCCUCAGCCCUCAGGGUGCUGGCCCCAAUCUCCUUGGCCUCGUUAUCUCAUGUGUCCCCAUGGUCCUUGGUGCUCAUUCACCCCCAUCUGUGACUUGUUCCCAGAACCAUCUUUCACCUUCUCACCUUUGCUGCCCCUUGUCCUCACAGGAGGCUAGUCUCUGCCCCCCUGAGACCCCAGAGAGCAGGAGAGCUACCUGGAGUCCCGCCAUCUGGAAGCCUACACCCCUGGGGAGAUGGGAUGGGACAAAUGGAGGGGGCCUCACCCAUUGAGCUGUUCAGAGCCCUGGAGUGCUUGGCUGUUAAACAAAUUACCCCACAUUAUUCUACUAAAUCCUCACAACAGCCCCUGAGGGAGGUAUUUAUGGAUGAGGACAUCAAGGCCCAAAGAGGUAGAGUGAUUGGCCAAGGCCACACAGCGGGUGAGAGGCCAAAGUGGAGUUUGAACUUGGGGCUGGCUGGCCUCCAAUCCAUGGCUCUCUUAUCUGCCCCACUCCUGGAGGACUGGCCUGAAUGGCUGGCUGACCAAGGGGCCCUAGAUGCAAGCAGCUUCUCCUCCAGGUCCCCAAGCAAGGGGUCGGAGUCCAGAGCCUUGUAUGUGUCCAAGGGUGACAGGGCCACUGGCCAGGAUGUGGGCAUGGUGUUUGUCCCCUCCUUCCCUAUCACAGGCUGGGGCUUGGCCAGCAGGGCUGGGAGAAGCCACCCAGGGUUUCUGCAGAGAGAUGGGGCAGCCCUGGCCCUGUUGCUCCUCCAGCCCCGUGGCUACCCUCAACAGGUGGGUGCAACGUGCUGCCCAUCCUAAGGAGAGUCUCAAAGUGGUCCUGUAGGUGCCCAGCCAGUAAUGUGGAGUAUCCAGCUGGCAUUUGUUAUGAGCAAGUUUUUGCUGGGGUGGGGGGAGGACAGGAGAAGCCUGCAGGUACAGUGGGCAGAGAGGAGCAGAGGCCUGGGAGGGAGGAGACAGGAGGGCAGUGAGGAGGUGUGGGUGCGCUGGGUGCAGUGUGGACAUCCCCCCAAACACACACACAGAGACUAGCCCGCCCACCCCACCCCCAGCUGCCCCAAGGCCAUGCCUGAAGGCCCUGGCACACAUUUGCUGAUGCGGUUGCUGGGCUCACCCUCAACUGCCUGGGCUCCGGGGCUGGCAGUCUCCUGCUCAGCAGGGUCACGGGGUUGGGGCGUGGGAAGCAGCUGUGGCAGGAAGCAAGCCGUCCGUUUCCAGGACAGGCACACAGAGCUGGGCUUUGGGAAAAGUGCUGACUCACCGCAGUGGCUUCCCCUCGUCCACAGUUGUCAGGCAAUUUGCUGGAAAACACUGGCAUCUGGUAAGACUCUGGGAACUGACUCCACAGCCCACGCAGCCUGAAGUCAGAGGGAAAUUCAGAAAACCAUUCAGCUCCAGGCCACAACCAGCUGCGCACUUGGCAAGUCAUUGUGCUUCUUGGUGCCUCAGUUUCCCUGAUUGCCCAGGCUCAUUGAAGGGAUCACUAAGGCUCCUGGGGAGCAGGGCAAGCAAGGGAAAUCUCAGCUCUUCUUGGAAAGGUAACUGAAUUUGGGCUACCACAUUGGUCGUGGAAGUUGUUCACUGCCAAGGCUACACAGCUGAGGGGACAAGUAGGAAUGGAGAUCCAGUCUGGGCUCCAUUUGCCAAGCUGUACACGCUAGCAUGGGACUGUGUCUACUCGGGAAGAGGUGCCUAUCCCCAAUCCACACAGCGGCACUAUAUGGUCUAGAGCAGGUCCAGGAGAACUCGAGUCUAGGGGUAGCUGAGCCGUGGGGUGUUUUCAGCUUCAGGGGACCAGUGUAAUGAGAGCAGGGGGCAGAACCUCAUAGGGCUUGGGAUUGUGAAGGGCACGAGACCCAGCUGGGGGAGAGUAAAGAGGAUGCCUGGAGACAGGGACACCUGUGCUGGGUCUUGAAGGAUGAGGAGCUGGUGGUGCAGAAGGGUCAAAGGGCCUCUGCCGGGCUGUGGCAGAUGGCUCUCCAUGGGCCUCUAGACUGUCUGCAAGACGAGAAGAGGCCGACAGCUUUUGUCCCAGACUGACUUUUUAGAGGUGUUUCAGUAACAAAGAGCCUUGGAAAAUAGAGUGUCUCCCUCCUGGACAGAGGCAGGUUUUUCUCUGGACCAGGAUAAUAAAGGAAUGCCUCCUGCCUUGGAAGAUAGUGUCUCGCUCCAGGGAAAGAGCUGGACAGGCUUGCUGUCAUCCAUCUUUAUAAGGUGGCUGUUGUUAGCUGCCAUCAUGACAGCCUCCAACUCAUGGCGACUCCAUGCACAAUGGAACAAAAUGCUGCCUGGUCCUGUGCUAUUCCUGUCACCAGUUGCAGAUCAGAGAGUUGUCAUCCACAGGGUUUUCACAUUGGCUGUUUUUCAGAAGUAGAUCACCAGGCCUUCUUCCUAGUUCUCCUUAGUCUGGAAGCUCCACCUCAACCUGUUCAGCAUCACAGCAACACACAAGCCUCCACAGGUGGUAGCAGCACACGAGGGGGCCUUGGCUGGGCAUCAAACCUGGGAGAAUCCCACCAUGGAAGCGCCACUGCCCUUUUAAAAGAUUGGAGUUUCCUAAACUGGAGGCUCCUCAGCUAUGAUACAGACCCACUGUGUGCAGCAGUAUCCUGGUCCUGCCUCUGCAUCACCCCCAGGGGACUUGGUGGGUUUCUUAGUUUCUUCAUUCUGCUAUAACAAAAAUACCACGAAGUGGGUGGCUCUGAAGAACAAAAGUUUAUUUUCUCAUAGUUCUGGGAGCUAGGAGUCCAAAUUCAGUACAUCAGCAGGGACCUGUUCUCUCUCCGCCCGCUCUGGGGGAAGAUCCCUCUUUGUUGCUUCUGUUGUUGUAGUGGGUAGGUGCCGUUGAGUCGGUUUUGACUCAUGGCCACCCUGUGUACAACAGAACGGAACCCUGGUCCUGCGCUAUCCUCAAAAUCGUUGCUGUGCUUGGGCCCAUUGCUGCAGCCACUGUGUCAGUCCAUCUCAUGCGGGCCUUCCUCUUUUUUGCUGACCCUCUACUUUAUCAACCACGAUGUCCUUCUCCAGAGACUGGUCCUUCCUGAUGACAUGUCCAGAGUACAUGAGACAAACUCUCGCCAUCCUUGCUUCUGAUGAGCAUUCUGCUUGUACUUCUUCCAAGACAGAUUUGUUUGUUCUUCUGGCAGUCCGUGGUAUAUUCAAUAUUCUUUACCAAUACCGUAAUUCAAAGACAUCAAUUCUUUUUUGGUCUUCCAUAUUCAUUGUCCAGCUUUCACCUGCACAUGAGGCAACAGGAAACACCAUGGCUUGGGUCAGGCACACCUGCUUCUGUAGCCCUGGGCAUUUCUUGGUGUUCCUUGGCUUGUAGACGGAUCUUCUCUUGCUAUCUUCCCCGUUUCCCUGAUUGCCCAGGCAUGAAAUCUCUCCAUAGCCUUUUCUCAUCUUGCAGACACUCUAGAGGCCCAUGGGGAGCUGUCUCCCACAGCCCUGCAGGGGUCCUCUGACCCCUUCUGCAUCACCAGCUUCUCAUCCUUCAGGACCCAGCGCAGGCAUCCUCAUCUCCAGGCAUCCUGUUUGCUCUCUCCCAGCUGGGUCUCAUGCCCUCCACAACCCCAGGUCCUAUGACGUCCUAUGUUCCCAGUUCUCAUCACACUGGCCCAUGAAGCUGAGAACACCCCAUGGCUCAACCACCCCCAGACUCGAGUUCUCCUAGGCCUACUCUAGACCAUAUGGCACCUCUGUGUGUGACUUUUUCUCCAUGUCUGCUCUCCCCUUUGUAAGACACCACUCAAAAGCAUUUAGGAUCAGAACUCACUCUACUCUGCUGUGACCUCAUUAACAUAACAAAAGAAAAACUCUUUCCAAAGGGUCACAUUUACAGGCUUCAACAUAUCUUUUUGGGGAGACAGAAUUCAAUCCAUAAUAGCCUGAGAGGGGGACUGAUGAAGCUUUUGCAGCAUGCUGCACUGUGAGUAAUGAAGUCCUUUGUCUCUGACCCAGGAAACUGGCAGGUUCACUUAGCUGGCAAGAAGGAUAAAAUCUCAGACUUUCUGCAGUUAUUGGCAAGGAUGAGGGAAGAAAGUGAAAAGGCACAGAAACAUGAAGUUCGGGUGUGCUGUAUGCAGGGUAACUGGUCGUUUCAAGAUGGCUUGAGCAUAAAGUCUGAGGCAAGGAGUGGUGGGAGGUGAGGCUGAGAGGCAGGUCCAGCCAGGCUCUGAAUGGUCUUGGCUGGCACCACACACACACACAUACACACACAACAUUUGCUAUUAAGUGGCUUCCAACUUAUGGUGACCCCAUGUGUGUCAGAGUAGAACUGCAUUCCAUAGGGUUUACAAUGCCUGAUUUUUUUCUUCAAAAGUAGAUCUCCAGGCCUUUCUUCCAAGGCACCUUUAUGUGGACUCAAACCUCCACCCAGAGUCUAUAAUUUCUCCACCCACAUGGAGUUGGACUGGAGGGGGCCAGGCUGGAGGCGGAGGACUGAAGCCUGUUAGAGCAGUCCAGGGGAGAAGAUGAAGCCUGACUUUGGGCAGGGGAGCAGGGGCGGGAAGGAGGGUCAAUAUGAGAAACGUUGACGGUGUAAACCAGCAGAAUAGGGUGGUUGGUUGGAGGGAGUGAGGGAGGGAAAGGAUCCUAGAUGAUUUCCAGAUACCUAGCUUGGAUGCCAAGGUGGCGGCUGUGCCAUCAGUUAUGAUAGAGGGGAACACAGGCCUGAAAUUAAGUCGGCGUUGGGUGUGAGGUGCACAGACUUGAAAUACCAUUUCCCAUUAAAAGAAACCAAGGUUUCCUUCCAGCUUUGGGACAAAGAACGUACAAGAUGAGAAUGGAACGUUUGAUAUGCCAGAUAGCAAGGAAGCAAUCGAAGCUAACAGUGGGCCAUGCCAGUCAAAAGGGACCAGGGGCCAACCUGGAGGUCUCCACUGGCCAGAGGUGAGCAGUUUGGCUUCAGUAAGGAUAAGAACUGCAAUGGAUUGAAGCUCAUCGGGUAAGUUUAAACCCAUGAGUUCAUAAUGAUAUCUGAAAAUUAAUUGGUCACAUUCUGAGGAUGAAAAGGAACCAAUUCAGGAAACUAGGUAAAUUAAGAGGACAGAGCCAGGCAUUUUUCCUGCCUUUCGUGUUAUCAGCUCCACCAGCAGGUAACCAAAUACAGAUAAGGGGAAAUGUCUCCUUAUAGAGUUAUUCCAGCUGAUAAAACAAAAUGAUAGAAUUAGAAUUUCACCAUUGUGCAACCGUCCAGUGAAUGGAUGGAUCUAGGCGUUCAGCACUGAUGACUACUAACAUCAAAAAGAGCCCAAACCAGGCAGUGUGCUCCUGAUUAAAGAACACCAAACCGAAAAAACCAAACCCAUUGCUGUUGAGUUGAUUCCGACUCAUAGUGACCCUAUAGGACAGAGUAGAACUCCCCCAGAGGGUGGAUUCGAGCUCCUGACCUUUUGAUUAGCGGCCGGGCUCUUAACCACCGUGCCACCAGGGCUCCAAUUAAAGAACACACCACCACCUAUAAUCUUGCCAAAGGGAUCAGACCAAAGUCUGCUCAAAUGUCCGGAUCCAGCGGCUAUGAGAUCCAGGGAUUGGAAGAAGUUGCUCGAUAGCCCUGUGAGUCUGCAACCAGUAAAACCCACACUGGGAACUCGGCAGAGCAACAGCCUGGGCUCUUCACCAGAUGAAUUUAAGGAAACAAGACUGAAAAGACAUUAUCUUUUUUUUUAAGUGGGCAAAGCUAAACCAUAGUGCUUAGGAAUGCACACCCGGUGAUGAAAUUAUAAGGAGAGUGGUUAUUUUUAAAGCUGGGGGGCUGUGACUGAGAGGGGGACACAAGAAGAGGCUUCUGGGGUGGCUAGCAAAGAACGAUAUCUUGACCUGGGUGUAGUUACAAGGGUAAACCCAUUGUCAUCGAGUCGAUCCCAACUCACAGCGACCCUAUAGGUCAGAGUGGAACCGCCCUACAGAGUUUCCAAGAAGUGCCUGGUGGAUUCAAACUGCCAGCCUUUCGGUUAGCAGAUGUAGCUCUUAACCACCAUGCCACCAGGGUUUCCAGUUAGAAGGGUUAAAAAAAAAAAAAUCUGUUACUGUCAAGUCGAUUCCAACUCCUAGCCACCCAGUAAGACAGAGUAGAACUGCCCCAUAGAGUUUCCAAGGAGCACCUGGUGGAUUCGAACUGCCAGCCCUUUGGUUAGCAGCUGUAGCACUUAACCACUAUGCCACCAGGGUUUCCGUUUACAAAAUGUUUGUUUUCCAUGGCUUUAUUUUAUAACGGAAAGGUAAAAAAGUAGAAUUUGUACAUAAUUAUGUAAAUAUAUAGGCCCUGGGUGAGCCAAAUGAUUAACGCACUUGGAUGCUAACGGAAAGUCUGGAGGUUUGAGUCCACCCAGAGGCACCUCAGAAGAAAGGCUUGGCAAUCUACUUUCAAAAAAUCAGCAUUGAAAAUCCUCUGGAUGGGCCCAGAUAGAAUGGGAGAAAAAUGUGGAACAGAACCCAAAUUCUUAAAAAGUCCAGACUUACUGGACCAGUUGAGACUAGAGGACUCCCUGAGACUACUGCCCUGAGAUACUCUUUAAACCUUGAACUAAAACUAUCCCGAGGUCACCCUUUAGCAAAAUAACAGAUUGGCACACAAAAUAAAGGCUAUUACCAGUGAGUACAGUGCACCAGUAAAAAAACAUCUAUAUGGGCCCAAAAGGUCAAUAAUUACUCUAAAGCAAAGACGAGCGGACAAGGGGGCCAGGACAAGCAGAGUACUGGAAACAGAACAACCAGAAUGCAAUUAAUGAGAACGUUGACAUAUUGUGGGAAAUGUAAAUAAUGUCAGUGAACAAUUUGUGUAGAAACUGUUACAUGGGAGCCUAAUUUGCUGUGUAAACUUGGAUCAAAAACACAAUAAAAUAUUAUAUGUAUAUUGAAAAAAAGGAAAACCCUGUGGAGCACAGUUAUACUCUGGCAUGCACGGGGUUGCCAUGAGGCGGAGUCAACCUGACAGCGACUGGACUUGGUUUUAUGUAAAUAUACAGAAAGGGGAUAUGAUGAGAAUCAGCUGACAUUUGAGACUUCUGGGGAGGAAAGGCAGCCGUAUUUGCUCUGGACGUUUCUGUCCUGUGUAACUCUUGUGCUACAAGAACAUGUUUGUGGAUUUGGGAUAUAAUUAGGAAAAAAAAGUAGUGGUCGUCGUCGACGCACUAGAAAGGUCAGCCUUACUAGAAAUCUAAGUAGCAUAGUGGCUUAGAAGGUUAUGAACUGUCAUUUACUUGAGAAAUGAAAAGUAACUACUUUUUAACCUUUAGAACCCUGAACACUCAAGUUUCUGUAUUUACUAAAAAAUGAAGUAUACUUUCAUUCUACAGAGAGAACAAAAUGAAAAGAGAGAACCAGGGUCACAAGAGUAGUUAACAGCACUAGAGGACAGAGCCCAGUUGCCGGCGAGUCAGUUCUGGCUCACGGUGACCCCAGGUGUAUCAGAGUAGAACUGUGCUCCACAGGGUUUUUUCAAGAGCUGAUUUUUCAAAGAAAUAGAUCACCAGACCUUCCUUUCAAGAUGCCUCUCGGUGGACUAGAACCACCAACCUUUCGGUUAGCAGCUGAGCGCGUUAAGCACAAUUUUUACAAUCUGCAUCUUGAGGCCUUUUAAGAUAUUCCCUUGAAAAUGUUACAUUUCAGUAGGGUGUUUCUCUUCCUUGCACACCAGCCUUGUCUUCAGGCUUACUUGCUGAGUAUCGGCCGUAGCUCCAGCAGUAUGCCUCUUAUAUUUGUUGCCUAAAAUCUCAGAGUCCAAAAAAAUCCGUAGGACAGUAAGGGUUCUUGGUAAAUCCUGAAGCCAUUUGACUCACCUUGUGAAGACCACCUCAUUGAGAAAGGAUAAUCUGUUCAUGCCAAUGAAAAAUAGGCCCAGAUUAGAAACACCACCACCCUUGAAUUUGUCAGACGCCACCCUAAUUGCCAGUAUCUGCGGUUUCCGGUCCAUAACUCCAAACUUCAGUGACUUCCAUUAUUGCUAAAUAGGACAGGUGUCUACAUAAGGAACUCUGGUGGUGAAGUGGUUAGGCACUCAGCUGCUAACCACAAAGUUGGUGGUACGAACCCACCAGUGGCUCUGUGGAGGAAGACCUGGCAAUCUGUUCCCAAAACCCUAUGGGGCAGUUUUACUCUGUCCUGUGAGGUCGCCAUGAGUCAGAAUUGACUUGACAGCACACAAUAUCCCUAUGUAAAGACAGGUGGCCAUAUGUGUUGGAAUUUGAUGCUGCUUUUUCUUUUUUCUCUCUAGAGAUCUAUCUAGAUAACAGCCAUCUAGCUAUAAUGCUUUUUGUUUUUAAUUGGGCUUUAAGUGAAAGUUUACAGUUCAAGUCAGUUUCUCAUAUAAAAACUUAUACACACAUUGUUAUGUGACCCUAGUCGCUCUCCUUACAAUGACAGCACACUCCUCUUUUCCACCCCAUAUUUCUCCUGUCAAUUCAACCAGCUCCUGACCCCCUCUGCCUUCUCAUCUAGCCUCCAAAAAGGAGCUGCCCGCAUAGACUUCUGUGUCUACUUGAGCUAAGGACACAUUCCUCACCAGUAUCAUUUUACAUCUCAUAGUCCAGUCUAAUCUUUGUCUGAAGAGUUGGCUUAGGGAAUAGUUUUUUCGUUUUGGGCUAACAGAGUCCAGGUGCCAUGACCUCUGGGGUCCCUCCAGUCAGUCAGACUAUUAAGUCUGGUCUUUUUACUAGAAUUUGAGGUCUGCAUCGCACUUUUCUCCUGUUCCAUCAGGGUUCUCUGUUGUGUUCCCUGUCAGGGUGGUCAUUGGUGGUAGCCGGGCACCACCCUGUUUUUCCGGCCUCAGGCUGAUGGAGUCUCUGAUUUACAUGGCCCUUUCUUUCUCUUGGGCUCAUAUUUUGUCUUUCGUGUUCUUCAUUCUCCUUUGCUGCAGGUGGGUUGAAACCAAUUGAUGCAUCUUAGGUGGCUGCUUGCUAGCUUUUAAGACCCCAGACACCACUCACCAAAGUGGGAUGCAGAACAUUUUCUUAAUACACUGAUAUACCAAUUGACCCAGAUGUCCCCUGAAACUAUGGUCCCCAGACCCCUGUCCCUGCUACUCUGUCCCUCAAAGUGUUUGGUUGUAUUCAGGAACGGUUCCUUAGCUUUUGGAUUAGUCCAGUUGUGUUGACUUCCCCUGUAUUGUGUGUUGCCCUUCCCUUCACCUAAAAUAAUUCUUGUCUACUAAUUAGUGAAUACCCCUCUCCCUCCCUCCGUUCCCGCCCUUGUAACCAUCAAAGAAUGUUUUCUUCUGUGUUUAAACCUUUUCUUGAGCUCUAAUAAUAAUGGUCUUAUACAAUAUUUGUCCUUUUGCAACUAAUUUCACUCAGCAUGCCUUCCAGAUUCCUCCAUGUAAUGUUUCACAGAUUCAUUGUUGUUCUUUAUUGCUGUGUCAUACUCCCUUGUGUGAAUAUACCAUAAUUUAUUUAUCCAUUCAUCUGUUGAUGGGCACCUUGGUUGUUUCUACAUUUUUGCUAUGGUAAACAAUGCUGCAACGAACAUGGGUGUGCAUAUAUCUAUUCGUGUAAAGGCUCUUAUUUCUCUAGGAUAUAUUCCAAGGAGUUGGAUUGCUGGAUCGUAUGGUAGUUCUAUUUCUAGUAAGGAAGCACCAAAUUGAUUUCCAAAAUGGUUGUACCAUCUUACAUUCCCACCAGCGGUGUAUACAUGUUCCAGUCUCUCCACAACCUCUCCAACAUUUAUUAUUUUGUAUUUUUUUGUAUUAAUGCCAGCCUUGUUGGGGUGAGAUGGUAUCUCAUUGUAGUUUUGAUUUGCAUUUCUCUAAUGGCUAAUUAUCAUGAGCAUUUCCUCAUGUAUCUGUUAGCCACCUAAAUGUCUUCUUUGGAGAAGUGCCUGUUCAUAUCCUUUGCCCAUUUUUUAAUUGGGUUGUCUUUUUGUUGUUGAGGUUUUGCAGUAUCUUGUAGAUUUUAGAGAUUAGAUGCAGAUUGGAUUUGUCGUAGCCAAAAAUUAUUUCCAAGUCUGUAGGUUGUCUUUUUACUCUUUUGUUGAAGCCUUUGAAUGAGCAUAAGUGUUUGAUGUUUAGGAGCUCCCAGUUAUCUAGUUUCUCUUCUGGUGUUUGUGCAUUGUUAGUAAUGUUUUGUAUACUGUUUAUGCCAUGUAUUAGGGCUCCUAGCAUUGUUCCUAUUUUUAAUUCCGUGAUCUUUAUCAUUUGAAAUUUUAUAUUUAGGUCUUUGAUCCAUUUUGAGUUAGUGUUUGUGUGAGGUAUGGGUCUUGUUUCAUUUUUUUGCAGAUGGAUAUUCAGUUAUGCCAGCUAUAACGGCUUUUUAAAAACAGCUUGACUGAGCUAUAAUUCACAUACCCUAUAAUUCACCGUUCAUACAAUUCAGUGAUGUUUAGUAAAUUCAGAGUUGUGUGACGAUUACAAUUUUAGAGCAUUUUCACCCCCAAAAGAAACUGUACCCAGAAAGCAGUCAUUUCCCAUUUCCACCUCCCCCAACUCCUAAAAAAAAAAACCAGCUAAUUGCUGCAAAGUCGAUUCGAACUCAUGCGUCAGAGUAGAACUGUGUUUUGUAGGGUUUUCAAUGGCUGUGAUCUUUUGGAAAUAGACCAGAAGGCCUUUAUUCCGAGGCACCUCUGGGUGGACUCGAACCCCCUCACCUUUUGUCUAGCAGCUAAAUGCUUAACUGCUUGCACCACCCACCCAGGGAAUCCCUUCAAUCCUUGGCUGUUUUCCGUCUGUAUAAAUUUGCCUAUUCUGGACAGUUCACAUAAGCAGAAUUGUGCAGUAUGUAGUCUUUUGUGACCGGCUUCUUUUACUUGGCAUGAUGUUUGCAGGGUUCAUCCACGUUGUAGCAUGUACCAGGAUGUCACUGCUUUUUAUUGCCAGACAAUAUUCCAUUGAAGGAAUAUGGUGAGUAGAACUCUUACAAGUCUUUUACAAGCCCACCACGACCACCUCCCUGUUUAGGGCACUGAGCCAAGGGAACAAAGGGAAGUCAGGCAGCCUCUGCCCUCGGGGAACACACGUGGAGCAAGGCCAGCCCCCUGCACAUGCUGUAACAGAGGCAAUGAAACACACAGAUGGACAGAGGAAAUGGUCCUUCUGACUGGCGGGGAGAGAGAAAUGAGGAAAGGUUCAGAAUAAGAAGAGAUAAACAUUGAGGAUCUAUAGACAUAAAGGGAAAGGCGUUCCAGGGUAGAGGCACAGCAAGAAGCAAAGGCAGGAGGCUGGAAAGUCCAAGGCGUGUACAAAAAAAAAAACCCAAACCCAUUGCCACGCGUUAAUUCUGACUCACAGUGACCCUAAAGAACAGAGUAGAACUGCCCCGUGGGGUUUCCAAGGAACGUUUGGUGAGUUCCAACUGUCAACCUUUUUGGUUAGUAGCUGUAGCUCCUAACCACUGCACCACCAGGGUAUAGACAGUAUGAAACAGAGGUGAGUCAGUCAGUGGGGAGAGGCAAUGAGGCACCUAGGAGGGGCCAGGAGUACAUAUCACAAAGUUAGGGGCCAGAAAUGAAUACUUGGGUUCAGUUAUUAAUCUUUAUUUUUUAAGACUUGUCCAUUGUUGCAAAAUGAAAUAAAUCAAUCAAAAUUGUAAUAUUUUCUAAAAAUAGGUUUUCAUUUUGGGCAUAAGACCCUCUUCAAUAAAAUCAUUCUGAAGACUCCGGUUUCAGCUAUGACUCGCCUCAAAUUCCUUCGAGCAAAGACUCUUCCACGGGCUACGGAAGCCCAAGUGGACUUCUUUCUCCUUAAAACAAGCGGGCAAAAGAACCUCGUAAAAAGCAAAUAAGCCUCCCAAUACAGAGCUUUACUUGCCCAAAUUUGUAGAUUUUCAAAGUGUCACACAUGACCUGCAGAAGGUUGGGCAAAUAGGUAAAGGUGAGCAAGCCACCUUCGGAGAGAAAAGUCUGGAGCGUGGCCCAGGAGUGGCCCAACUGCAUUCCCUAGGAGCACCGGGAGCAGGUGGGGUCAGCUUCCUCCUGGCUCCACCUCUUCAGUCUCAGGUUAGUCUCAUGUUCUAAGCGGACGUGUUCACACUCAGAAAAGCAUCAGGAAGGCAGCUUUUCAGUAGUAACCAAGGCACACCUUGUCCAUGGCCAACUUUAUUCUGUAAGAGACAGGAAAAAGAAGUUUGUGAACCAUGUCAACUCUGAAGAAAUGACAAACAUAAUCCAACACAGAGCAGGUAGUAGUCUAUGUGGGAGUCACACAACAAUUAUCACUGAAAAUGCAGCUAUUCUGAAUUCCACUGGCAGAUAUAUCUAGAACAAAGUUGGAGGGAGGAGACACUGACGCUUGGAAUACACUUCAAAAGCUGACUCACCUGUCAACUGGGUAAGGUUUUUCACAAAGGUUGACCAGCACGUACAAAUGUCUCAAAGCAUACUCGUACUGGAAGCAAACAUACAAAAAAAAAAAAAAAGACAGGUAUCAUCAUUUCACCACCCCAUCAACUCUUCAUCCUUACUUAGGAGCACUCUACCUUCCCAGUUACAGAAGUAAACCAUCUGGGCCGGGGCUUCUUGACCUUUUUUGGGCCAUGGAUCCUUUCCCCACCUCUUGGUAAUCUGGUGAUGUGUGUGAACUGUCUCUCAAGAAAAAUGCACACAGGCAAGGGUUUAUACACAACUGCAGGCGGGUGGAAGGCCCCCAACACCCUCUCAGUCCUAGGUACAUAUUACCAAUGAUAAGAUAUACCAAAAAAAAAAAAAUAUAUAUAUAUAUAUAUAUAUGUCAUAAAUUGGGGACUACCUGUACUUAGAAAAAUGGGUGGUGGGCCAAUGGCUGCAGCUUGCCCACCCUGCUCUAGAGGGACCCGAGCAUCCCACGGUACUCACCAGAAGGCUUUUUAGCUGCCCAUCAGCCCUGAUGUUCUACCAUCUGCAACAAGUUAGCGCUUUCUUCUCCUCUGUGGGUGGGGCCUGAUUUUGACCAUAAAUCUUGGGGAGGGUUCAGAGUAGGCCCAGAAGGAAGAAAACAUGGUGGCUGGUGUGGGGGUUGGUACUGAGGGAUGGGGCUUGGCAGGGACGGCAAGAGAAUGAUAAGAAGUCACUGCCCUUCAAAGCCAGAUAUAAACAGGGGCUGAAUCAUAUAGGACUCUGGUCAACUCUUUUACACACUGGGACAAUUAAGAGUGUCUGGGGCCAGGACUGGUGGCAUAGCGGUUAAGUGCUACAGCUGCUAACCAAGAGGUCGGCAGUUUGAAUCCGCCAGGUGCUCCUUGGAAACUCUAUGGGGCAGUGCUACUCUGUCCUAUAGGGUUGCUAUGAGUCUGAAUCGACUCGACGGCAGUGGGUUGGUUUGGGGCCAGGACUUGUGUCCAGUGAACUUGGACAGCCCUCUGCCGUUCACCCCUAUCAAAGGUCUCUCAAAUACGCUCCUCGUAUCCUCAGCUUGAGUGGAGCUUCAGCCUUCUACAAGGUAACAGUUAAGCCUGCAUUGUGUCCUCACAGAAUACAUGUUGGAAUCCUAAUCCCUAUACUGUGGAUGUAAUCCCAUAUGCGAACAGGGUUUUUUUUAUGUUAAUGAGGCCACAGCAGUGUAGGCUGUGUCUUAAGGCAGUCACCUCUGAGAUAGAAAACGAGGAAACUGGGCACAGAAACCAGGAAGCACAGAUGAGGGAAGAUAGACACCACACUACAGGAAGAACACAAGCUGAAGGGGACAAGGACCUUCUCACAGAGCCAACAGAGAGAAGUCUUCCCCUAGAGCUCCUAAGUAAAGGAUGAAGAGCCUACUGAACUGUGAGAGAAUACAUUUGUUUGUCAGAGCCUCCCACGUGUGGUAUCUAGGACACUUAGGCAGCGAUGCACCUGACGCGAUUCCCACUGGGUGAUACUAAUUUAGCUUUUGGAUCAAGGUGCCAGAAAGGCCCAGGUCGGCGGGCGGAAGGCGCGGCGCGGAGCCAGCGGGCAGGUGCGGCCUUACCGUGGCGGAGUGCCAGUUGAAGCAGUGUGUGCGGAAGUGCACAGCAGCCUCCUGGUAGCAGGCGUGCUCCGUGAGCUCCGCUCUCUGAGAGAGGAGCUGCUCCACCUCAGCGCUGGACGUCGCCAGCAAGGAGACGAUCUUUCCCACAGACUUCUCCAUGACAUGUCUGGCCUGUGAAGACACGCGGCUUUUGUGAGGCAUAUCUUAUAUUACCACAGUCCCUCCUGGAGCCCUGGUAAGGUCAGAAAGGCAUUUCAAGGCUUUUCUUCACACCAUCCAACACGUGAAACAGAUGCCAAUAUUGAGCUUUUGUUUAUGGGGACGGAAAAUCUGCCAAAGGAGAUGGGUGACGGUCACACAUGACUGAUGUCAUUGAUCUCACUGGAUUGUAUAUGUGAAAACUGUUGAAUUGGCAGAUGUGGUGCUACCUGUAUUUUCACAAUAAAAAUUAAAAAAAAAAAAAAAAAAGGCAUGCCAACAAUUAAAAAAUCAAUGUGUUCUGAGGAAGGCAAGUGAGGCUUCUGUAACAGCUCGGAGUCUUCAGGAAGACCUUGCCUUUUCGGGAUCUUCUGGCUUUUGGAAAUAUUUCAGACUAAAUACUCUUUAGCAGCAGGCCUGUCCAGCUCCGUGGAAAGGGACCUGAGGAAACCGUGCCAUAAAGCCGACCGCUGUCCGAUGACCAGUGCUGUGUGUCCAAACGCAUUGCUACCCAUUCAGGGAAUCAAAUGGUUAGAUGGAGGGGACAAAGAGGAAACCGUUUCCUCCCAGAUGCUGAAAAAUGGCACCAUGAGGAGGAAACUGCUUCCAUGUUAACCGUGUUUUACAAGCCUCCCCAGUCAGGGUUUUUCAUCUAUCUCUGAAUUCAACGAACACUCGCUGCCUAGUGGAUGUUGGACCAGCCCUUCUCAAAGCGUGGCCUGAGGAGCUUUGGAGGUCCCCAAGGCCUCUUGGGGGCGGGGGCAUAAAGUGUCCUCUUUCCCAACUGCACAUCUGUGUGAGGCUGGAUUUUCUUCAUAUACUUCAACCAAAAGAACGUUACUGCAGCAAAGAGAACUCAGACACAGACACAAGAAUCCGGCUGCCUUCUACUGAGCUGGGUUGCAAAAAUGUCAAGAAACCAAUGUCACUCCUCUCACCAAAAUUGUUUUUAUAUUGGAAAAUUAUUAUUUUUCAUACAAAAUUAAUGCCAAUGGCUUUAUCAUUGCUGUUUCUAAGCAUGUUAGUAAAUAUUUUUAAAUCUCAGUUUUAAUUUCUAAUGCGGUAAAAAUCAAUAGAUAGAAACUCACAUCAACAAAAGCUCUUUGAGAUCAAUAAUUUGAAGGGUGUAAACAGAUCUGAGACCAAAAGUCUGAGAACCUCUGUGCUAUGUGUGUUUGACACCAGCUAAAAAUAAAGUCCUGGCUAAUCAGGUUGCCACACUCAAGGUACUAACUUUCAGGAUAAUUAGAUAUACGCGUUUAAAACAAACCACAUA